AUGGAUAGAGAACUCAGAAGCUAUACGAAUAUCGAUUGCUUCUGUAGUGGAACAACAGUUGUAACCCUGGUUAAACAGGGUAAAAAUCUUGUUAUUGGUAAUAUUGGGGACUCUAGAACUGUGCUGGCUACGAGAGGCGAGGAUGAUUCUCUCACUGCAGUGCAAUUAACAGUAGACCUUAAGCCGGAUUUACCAGUAUAUUACCAAGCUGCUGGAGGAGAAAAGAAGCGAAGAGUAUUUGGUCUUGGAUCUGAAGCAAAAGGCUACUACAGGCAAACUCUUUGUGUUUCUUAUGGAAAGAAAUCAUCUUCAGCUUCUCAUGAAUUGUGUUUAGCUUUUGCUAUCUUUCGUAUUAUGGAUGAUGUGGGUUGUUUUAAGGAUAGUUGGUUGAUGUUUGGUACUAUGAAUGUGUUGGACACAAUUAUGUGUUUAGACGUUGCUAUGUUUGGUAUUGUGGAUGUUUAG